GGAUACGUAACGGAGCUUUUGGACGAAACCAGCUGUAUAAAAAGAAAAGCAGAACCCAAUGCCAACAGUAAAGCAACCGCCGCCUCCUUCCCCAGUAUCCAAUGCCUCCCUCAUACCGCCCUAACACUCCCCCGCCUCGCUUGCCGUCGCCUGACAUAGCCUACACGCCUCUCGGCCCGCCUCCCCGUCGCCAUCUCCGCCCUAUUCAGGCAGAGCGCCUCACAGCCCGUUCCUGCGACAGCUUGAGCCAAAAGGCACGCUCGGCGCUAUCAAAAACACCUUCAAAGAGCUCACUCAAACCGGUCCGUGAGCCGACUACCCCCCGCUCGCUCCCUGCCCCGUCCCCGCCGCCACGCUCACCCAGCUUCCGGCCCACUCAUCGUCGCUCGCUCUCCUUUGCCAUCCCGUACCGUUCGCCUCCAGCGAGCCCUACGUUGGCCAGUGCACCACCACCAGUACCGCCAAUUCCGGCGUUUGCACUCAACCCUACGGACAAAAAGCCCGUUAUCCGUGCACCACCAUCACCCAUCGUCACUCCCAUUUAUCUCCCUGACCUUGAUGCUAUCUCUCCAAUAGCAACGACACCUCCACCAAGAGUCGUUCCCCAGAAACGCCAUGUUCCGGCUCCCUCAACAGUCGGCAUGACUUGUUUCAAGUUUUUCAAGUCGCGAAACGCGCAUAUACCGCCACGCUCAGCGUGUGCCGUGUAACUCCCAUUGACAUUCGUUCUACCACCCUGUUACUCUAAUCGCUCCUUUGUAUUCUACUUUGCAUAAUAUACUUUACAUUCUCGUUUCUCAACGUCACUUUUUAGUUUAUUCCAUGCCUAUUCUUGCUUGUUGUCUUGCUAGCUACCGCACACAUCGCUCCUUGUACUCACUUAUUCUGUAUUCUACUUGCUAUACUUUGCAAUACACUGCCUGCAUACAAACUUUCUCGG